AACAGCAUCAAUACCAAAAACGACAACAACAAGGUCAAUACUUACAAAGACCAGUUCAACAAAACAACAAAUUACGACCACUUCAACCUCAGAACCAACGCCUAAAACAACAAGAAUUAAACCAACGACGUCCACUAUGACACGAACGCCAACAACGACCACUACAACAUCAAAACCAAUAACGACGACCGGUACAACUCCAAGAUCCACAUCGACAACCACUACAACACUAAAACCAGCAUCAACAGGUACAACACUGAAAUCAUCAACGAAAAUUACAACGCCAAUAAAAGCAACGGUAUUGUCAACACUAGAACCUACUUUGACCAAUAAUACAUCAAAACUAACAACAACCACGAGAUCAAAACGAACGACAAUCACUACAACACCAUUGACGAGCACUUCAACAUCGCACCCACCAACGACUAUUACAAGAUCAAAUCCGACGAAAACCAUUACAACAUCAACAAACAUUACUACAUUCGAGCCGUUAGGUGUUGCAGAUUGCGGCUUUCCAAGUAAUGUGACGCAUGGACGUGUCUCAGUGGAGAAUGGUACCAUGUACGGAUCAGUAGCGGAGUACAGUUGUGAGGAAGGAUAUACGUUAGAUGGCAGCUACUCCACGGAAUGUCAGGCGAAUGGCAUGUGGCAGGACAUAGACAUUAGCUGCAUUGUCAUUAAUUGCAGCCUUCCACGAUAUUUGACACAUGGCAGUAUCUCCGUGGAGAAUGGUACUACCUACAGAUCAGUAGCAGUGUACAGCUGUGAGGAAGGUUACAUGCUAGACGGUAUGAACUCCACGCAGUGUCAGGCGAACGGCAGCUGGCAGGACAUUGACGUUAGCUGCAUUGCCAUUGAGUGCGGUCUCCCACAUAAUUUGACACAUGGCAACGUCUCCCUGAAUGGAACCACGUUUGGAUCGUUAGCGGUUUUCAGUUGUCACGCGGGUUACACGUUAAGCGGUAGCAAUUCAACAGAAUGUCUGGCGAACAGCACCUGGCGGUAUAUAGACGUCCGAUGUACUCCUAUUGAUUGCGACAAACCAACAAACAUAAAGAAAGGCACAGUUGAAUAUACCCUAACAACCUUCAACCACAGUGCCUUCUACACGUGCGAUCACGGAUAUACAACGGCAAACGCUACAGUGAUAAACUGUACGCCGGAGGGACUAUGGGAUGACGAUCCGCCAACUUGCACAGAUGUGGACGAAUGUUCGGGAAGUAACGAGUGCCACUACAGCGCCAAGUGCACCAACCUAAAUGGUAGCUACCAGUGCACGUGUAAUGACGGCUAUACAGAUUCGGGGGAAAACAGAGGCCGACAAUGUGACGAUAAUGACGAGUGUGCUUUUGUCGGGGACUAUUUCUGUCGGAGAAACCGGAAUCAGACUCGCUGGUGUACUAACACAGCUGGCAGCUACUACUGUGGCUGUAACCGUGGAUGGACGGGCACACACUGCGAGAAAGAUGUUAAUGAAUGCGAUGGUGGGACAUCAUGUGGUCAGAAUGCCGAUUGCACCAACACAUUUGGGUCUUUUUACUGCAAAUGUCGAGCGGAUUACCCUCAAGGAAACCCUUUCUAUGGAUGUUAUAGUCCGGUAAUGCUCAGCUUUAAAUCGAAGGCCGUGAUAGAUGGUGUCCGCGGAGACAACGAGAUACUCCCGCCUGUAAACAUACCAGGGGGAAGAUUCCCCUACUUCGGACAAUACUUCAGUCUCUUCAGGCCAAGUUUGAACGGAUUUCUAGCACUUAACUAUCCACCUCUGUAUGAAUCUUAUGGCGCGGAGAAUUCUACACUGUGGAAAAAGUAUGUUGAGAAUCACGUGGUUAUUGCUCCUCUCUGGACAAACCUCGACUCGAGGAAUAUUACCGGCGCAGGUGUAUGGGUCCAUGUGUUUUCUAACAACACUGGAAAUAGGAGUGACAUCCUCAAAAUACAGGAGCAUGUUCAGAAGUAUUCGAACAACAGUGAGUUCAAUGCGAGUGUUGCUUUUGCCGUGACUUGGAAACACGUCACCAUACAUUCACCAUACAUGCCCGGAUACAGGCUCUACAAGCACCAGAAUCUGUCGAUGCAGGCAAUUAUGGCAACGGACGGUCUAUACACGUACAUGAUGUUCAUCUAUGAUCAAGAGCAAUUCAGUAUUAAACCCUUGAGUUACACGCCAGUGGCUGCCGGUUACACUUUCCCUGGAAACUUUACCGGCAAGAUUCUCGCCGACAGGCACAACUUCACCAACCUUAAGAACGAGUCAAACGUUAACCAAGAGGUCAAAGGCCGUUGGCUACAUAACGUGACGUACAUCACUGACGACAUGUGGGACGAGGUUAGAUGCCGGAAGUUCCACGAGAACCAAACAUUGAAAGAAUGGACGCGAGAACAGCUUAAAAACUCAUAUCCUUGUCCAUGUUACGAACAAGACAUGAAAGAGGACUACACCUUUAAACAAAAUGACAGCAUAUGGUCGAACAAGGACGAGUAUACACACUGUUACGAGUCGUGGUUCUUCAAUCCAUACGACAUUAAACAGCGCUGCUGCUACAGAUUCGGCGAGCUUCGUAAGGAAUAUCCUUUCGCUAUAGGAGCCGAGUACAUGGAUACCGAUAUUAACGCCAUUUUGGAGGCCGGCUUCCGGCAGUGCUGCUCAGCGGUCAACAACCAGCGGUACUGUCACCUUUACUAUGACGUCAACCCACCCGAUGACUGCUCCAGCUGGUCUCCUGACGACGAGGGCGAAUAAAAACUGCCAUGAAAUUUGUGGGACUGUCUUAAGCAUAUCAAUCAGUUUGUGUUGUUUACAGAACACGUUUUGUGUUUGUGAAGACAUUCAUGUAUUUAUA